AUGACAUCAAUGCUUUUAAAUUUUAUAUUCAAAGAUAUUCUCAGUUUGUCGGACGAAAUGGAUCAUUGGAAAAGUGUUUCCACCAAGCAGAAAAACAGCACAAGCUCGGAGCGGCGUCGUGCUGACUUGUUUGUGCGUCUUCUGGAACCUGCAGUCAAGGAGUGUUUGUGCUUGGAAAACUCCGCUCACACGAAUGCAAUUAUUUCAAAGUCCAAAUCUUCCAGUGACAGGAAUGCAGACAAUGUCAUUGGCUUAGGUCUAACUGAGCUUCUGGACGUAUUAGAUACUCAUGUGACAGACACCCUAGAUGAAUUGUGGCGCUGUCUGGAUCCGGAAGCUAUACAACCUUUCCCAGAAUCUCGAAUGCGCCAACUGAUCGAAGCCAUUGGUUACUGGAUUGUUAAGAUUAUAAAAACACAUCUGGGAUGUAUUGAACACGGUAAACAAAACAAGGAAACAUCUGUGUCCUCUAUAUGGACUCUGGAAUUUAGUCAAGUAAGCUACUGUCUAAUACUUUACCAGGUUGUUUUGGUUUAUUUUCCGACUCAUCUUGCUUAUUUCACUGUGUCUUUGAUUUUGUAUUUUUGCAUACUGAUACGUAAUAAACGACAGAAGGGGAUGAAAAAUCCUUUUGUUCAUUUAUGA